CAACACUGCACCUUUGACUGCUACAACCCGUAAAUGCUGGGUCAAAGGCAGUAGAUCGAUGGUGUUCCGAUGAAUACUACGUUUCGCUUGGCCUGCAGACCCUUGAUCAGAUCAACUGUUCCCACUCCCUUGCACACCACUUUCUCAUUCGCAUUGUCAUUGUCAUUGUUAUGCAAGUCGUUCUCCAACAUGGCAAUCAGAAAAGCACCAGACCAUGUGGCCAAAGAGGCUGCCGCCACCAUCCACGCUCCUCGAGAUCCAAACACGCUGUCCAACUACAAUGCUUGGCGGACGAGGCACACGACAGCAGACUUUGAUGUCGAUUUCGAUUCCAAGCGCUUGACGGGCGUGGUGCAUCUGGAGUUGGAGAAGCGUGCCACGGAAACCAAAGUCAUUCUCGAUACCAGCCAUCUCGAGAUCACCGGCGUCGAAGUCGAGGGGGAAAAAGCUCGAUGGGAACUUGCUAAAUCCAGGAUUGAGCCAUAUGGAAGUCCACUGACCAUCAAUGUCGAGGAGAAGCAUCGCCAAUCCUCCAGCCCGAUACUCAAGCUCCGCAUCGGAGUCAACACGACGAAGGACUGCACUGCAUUGCAAUGGCUGACCCCUGCCCAGACCAGCAAUAGGAAGCAUCCUUACAUGUUCUCGCAAUGCCAAGCCAUUCAUGCUCGAUCGCUCUUCCCUUGUCAGGAUACGCCCGACGUGAAGUCCACAUACAGCUUCAACAUCAGAUCCCCUCUGCCCGUGCUAGCCUCUGGACUUCCAGCAGGAGUCAAAGACUUCCGACCAGGCGAAACUGGCAAGCCGGGCACUCUUCUGUAUGCAUUCCAUCAGGACAUUCCAAUCCCGUCAUACUUGUUUGCGCUGGCAAGCGGCGAUCUAGCAUCCGCCUCUAUUGGUCCUCGGUCGACAGUGUGGACAGGACCAGAAGAGCUCAAGGCUAGCCAGUGGGAGUUCGAGAAGGAUACCGAGGCUUACAUCCAGGCCGCCGAGAAGAUCGUGUAUCCUUACGCCUGGACGACGUACAAUGUACUUGUCCUCCCACCUAGCUUCCCCUACGGCGGCAUGGAAAAUCCUAUCUAUACUUUCGCAACACCAACUGUCGUGUCUGGCGAUAGACAGAAUGUUGAUGUCAUUGCACACGAGUUGAGCCAUUCUUGGUCUGGCAACCUGGUCAGCAAUGCUUCAUGGGAACACUUCUGGCUAAAUGAGGGGUGGACCACUUACCUCGAGCGUCGCUUGCAAGCCGACAUUCAUGGCGGCGAUCAACACCGUGAUUUCUCAGCGAUUAUUGGGUGGAAGGCGCUUACAGACAGCAUCGAGCAAUUUGGCGAAGAUCACGAAUUUACGAAACUCAUUCCUGACCUUAGCGGCAAAGAUCCAGACGAUGCCUUCUCGUCUGUGCCAUACGAGAAGGGCUUCAAUUUCUUGUAUCAUCUCGAGAAGCUGAUCGGGAAAGAGAAGUGGGACCGUUUCAUUCCUCACUACUUCACAACUUUCAAGAAGCGAAGUGUCGACAGCUACGAGUUCAAGGCUACACUCUUGUCGUUCUUCGAGUCUGACCAAGAGGCAUCGAAGAAGCUCAAUGAUCUCGAUUGGGACACUUGGUUCUACAAGCCUGGCUAUCCUCUGAAGCCCAGCUUUGACACGACGUUGGCCGACAUCCCACUCACUCUAGCCAAGGAAUGGCAAGCUCUCAACGAGAGUAAGUCAGACUUCAAGCCCAGCAAGCAGGAUAUCGCAGAAUUCAACAGCAAUCAGAGCGUCGUGUUCCUAGAAGCCGUGCAGACUUGGGAGAAGCCGUUGAAAACAGAUCUUGUCGAUGUGAUGGGUGACAUAUACUCGUUUGCAAGCAGCAAGAACGUUGAGCUCGUAUCUCGAUACUUCGUCGUUGGCCUACAAGCUGGUGCGAAGAGCGUGUUUGAGCCCACUGCCAAGCUUCUCGGUGAAGUCGGCAGAAUGAAGUUCGUUCGUCCAUUGUACAGAGAGCUCAUCAAGAAUGAUCCGGAGCUCGCGAAAAAGACUUUCGAGAAGAACAAGGACUUCUAUCAUCCGAUCUGUCGGGGUAUGGUGGAGAAGCUGUUUGAGAAGCAUGCGAAGGCCUAGGUUCCACACAAUAAUGGGAGAUGGCAACGGUUCAGCCUUCGCAGGAAACUAAGCCCUCUUCUAAGGUUUCGGUGCUACUAAUUAAGCGAGAUGGCGGAAGGGGGUAAUCCCUGAAAACGGGGUCUAACUGAUUAAGGCUAGCGUACUACCUAAAGAAAUUAUCCGCCUUUUUAA